AUGAUGAUGAUGAUGGUGGUGGUGGUGGUGGUGGUGAUGUUGGUGAUGGUGGUGGUGGUGGUGAUGCUGCUGCAGGCCAUGGGGACAGGGAUCUGGGACUACUCACUGCUCCCGAGCUCCCGACAGGAGACGGGGCAGGAGCUGGACGAUGAGGGCCUCCGCGCUCCCUCCGUGAAGGACAGGAAGGUGCCCCGCACUGGCAACAGAGUCCAGCGCUGGCUCAGGGGUAAAAACAGCUCAGCCACAGAGAAGAAUGAGACCCGCGAGCUCUGGACCAACCAGGCUGACCUGCUGGAGAUGCCAAUACCACCUGGUGCCCGCCUUCGUAGGCAGAGACCUCAGCCACAUCUCCACAUUCCUAGGCACGUACACAGCUUUUGCCACCACCCCGAGGUGCUGGACCUCUUCUUUACAACAUAUGGGGGCAUUCCCUCUACUUCGGAUGAGCUCGGCGGAGGCCUGGAGCAGCGGAACAUGGCCAUCUCCUCCAUCCUGGGCACAUGGCUGGACCAAUAUCGCCAGGAUUUUUUCCAGCCCCCAGACUUUCCCUGCCUGAACGUGCUGCUCAAGUACAUGGGCCUCCAUAUGCCAGGCUCGGACCUGGAACGCCGUGCCCAGCGUCUGCUGUCACAGCUGCAAAGCCUGGAGCCCCCGGAGCCAGAGGCUGGGGGUGAGGAGGGCCGGGGGUGCCUGGCGAGGGCCCGUGGAGGGGACCGGGCGGGCCACGCAGAGCAAGCCUCCAUAGAGUGCGGUUGGGCCGGGAGCAGUGCGUAGUCCCAGAUCCCUGUCCCCAUGGCCUGCCGUCCGGGGAGACCUCCCAGGGAUCGGAUCCUGGCCUCAGACAGCACUGAGCGGGGGGAAAAGUUUCCUUCACUUAGGAGGGACGUGGGA